CACAUCUCACGGCACGCUGCCAUAACAUAACCGUCUCUUCUACUCUCUUUCCAUCCAUCGUCACCAUCAACACAACUUUCUUUCACCUUCAACCUUAUCUCUACGUCACCGUGUUUCCACCUACUACUCCACCUCAAAUAUCGAUUUGCAGAGAUUAAAAGUUUCUAUAAAUUCGUAUAUAUAUACCUAUCUGUGAAUUCAUCAAAAUCCCCAACAGUUUGAUCUGGGUAAUUGAGAAAAGCUCCAACUUAUUAUCAUGGGGUUCCCAGUUGGGUACACAGAGCUCUUCCUCCCCAAACUUCUAAUCCAUGUCCUAACAUUUAUGGGCUUAAUUCGUAAGCUCAUUUCCACCAUUUUUCAGAUCAUGGGUCUCGGGGAUUUCUUGGAACCCGAGUUUUCCAUCGACCCGACCCGGAUUGAUUCGUUUAAUCAGUUCCGGUCAGUGUCCGCUGUACUCAUCCGUGAGAUUCUUCCGGUGGUGAAAUUUUCAGAGCUUGUAGAUCCACCGGAGAGCUGUGCUGUAUGCCUGUAUGAGUUUGACGACGGAGACGAGAUCCGGCAGUUAUCGAACUGCCGGCAUGUAUUCCACCGGUGCUGUCUGGACCGGUGGAUGGACCAUGAUCAGAAAACUUGCCCGCUUUGCCGGACUCCGUUAAUCCCCGACGAUUUGCAAGAUUCGUUUAAUGAGAGGUUGUGGGCAGCUUCCGGUAUCGCCGAGUACUACGGCGACCUGUCGGUGGUCAGUAAUUAAGUGACGCUGAUGACCUGAACAGUGGAUUAAAAUUAUUAAUUUUUUUUUUUCAUUUUAUAACGUUAUUAGAGAAUGGCCGGUGAUAGAAUGUACGUAAUAUGCAUGUCUAUGUACAUAUAAUUAGCAUUUAGCAACACGAAGUGUCACAUUGUUUUUGGAAAAUUGAAGUUUGAUGAAAAUUUGAGUUAUUUUCUAA